AGACACUUUACCAUAUUCCGUACGAACAUUCUUAUUGUCAGACUAAUUUCUAAAUUGUACACUAUGACGGAUUACAAGAUACUGAUCAGUUACAAGGGGGAACAUCUGCGUUUGAAGGUGCGAAUGAGAAAGGGGAGGUUAUUGCAGUAGAUGGUGGCGGGUCUCCGUUGAUUACACAGGUGUCACGUCACUCAAUUUCUUUGCAUCAUUUUUCACAGUCGCUACCGAAGUUGCGCUAUAAUUGCAAAUCAAGAAACUAGUUGUUCAAAUAAUACUAUGAGCAAAGGAGUGUACACGGAUUUUUCUAUCGCUUCUGCGAAAUAUUUAUCGAAAUAUACAGGAAUAUGGUUGCCGAAGAAUAUAGCUGAAGAACGGCAAAGAAAGGUCACAGUAUUAUACAUGACCGUCGCACUUCUCUAUGGGAUAUACGUGAAUGUGAUGGAUAUUUAUCACACAUGGCCCGAUCCAAGUCACUGUAUGUUCCUGAUACUAAACGCUACGUGCAUCAGUGUAACAAUAAUCAAGAUGCUCAUUUUAAACGCUAAGAGAGCUGAAUUCGCAGACGUUCUUCUUUAUGCACAGCGGCAUUUUUGGCAUAACAAUUAUGAUUCCGAAGAACAACUGAUCUUUUCCAUAUGUGUCAAAUAUUGCACACGGUUUGUGAUGUUCGCAUUCCUUGCCUUACCAAUUGCAUUAUUUGGUUACGUGAUUACACCUAUCAUUGUAAAUCACGGAGGAGAUAAGUCAGAGAGGGUACUUCCAUUCAAGAUGUGGGUUGACUGGCCCUUAACUGAGACACCUUAUUACGAACUAAUGUUCAUCUUUCAGGUGAUAUGCAUAUAUUUAAUUGGCGCCGCGUACAUUUGCCCUGACUUAUUUUUAUGCCUCUUCAAUCUACACGCGAUGUGUCAGUUUCGCAUACUCCAAUACAGAAUGUUGAAUUUUUGGAAUGUCGAAAGCAAAGCGAUAGAGGGAAUUAUGUACACCGAACACUGUUAUGAAGCUCUGAAGAAGUGCAUUCAAUAUCAUCAGAUGGUUAUCGAGUUUUGUGAGAAGCUCGAACAUUUGUAUACCAUGUCAAUUCUCGUGCACAUGGCAGUUUUAAGUUUAUUAAUGGGUUUCGAUUGUUACGAAAUACUCGUGGCAGACGUAAGUCCUUCUAUGCGUAUCAUUUUCCUAUUCCACAUGAUUGGAAGCCUGGGUUACCUGUGUAUGCUAACGUACACUUGCCAUCACAUGAUGGAGGAAAGCAUGAAUAUUACUACAACGAUAUAUUUAGGAUUUUGGAGCACAUUGCCAAUGAAUAAAGUUGGAAGAUCAUUUCGAUCGAUCAUGAAAUUCAUUAUGAUAAGAUCAUUGAAACCAUGCUGUCUGACUGCUGGUGGAUUUUUCCCUGUGACUAUGGAAACUUUUACCACGCUUUUAAGUUCAACAUUUUCCUAUUAUACCCUGAUGAGGCAAUCGUUCAUUCGAACCGAAGGAGAAUAGUAUACAAAAUAACUUAAUAUAAAAUGAAUUCGAUAUAAGAAAUAUACAGAUUUCAUACUUUUUAAAGUAUGCGCUUAAUAUACAUAGAACAUUUCUUUAUAAACUAAGAUACAAUAUGCACGUUGUAAAGAAUACGAAAUAAUUUUUCUCUUACUGAAAUAUAGAAGAAUAAUAGCUACACAAUCAAAAGGACAAAAUACGUAUAAAAGCCUUGAGCUUUUCACAACUUAUUAUCAAAAAAACAACUUGUAUACGUUGUAAUCUUUUCAGCAUGUAUACAGUG